AUGUCCACCAAAGCGGCGCUCAAGGCUGCCAAGUCGGCCAUCGACGCGAAGAAAUGGGACGAAGCGAAGGAGCAAGCCGAGGCCGCGCUGGAGAAGGAUGCAAGCAAUUAUUUCGCGAGACUGUUUCUUGGGCGCGCACAUGAGGGACUCGGCAACUUGGACGAUGCUGCGAAGGCAUAUCGCGACGCGACGAAGCUCAAGCCCGACGAUGCGCAAGCGUGGCUGGGGCUACGGGCCCUCUACGAAGGCCUGGGGCCUGCCAAGGUGGACGAGAACACUGAAGUUGGAUUGAAGCUGGCGGAGAUAUACAUGAACUUGGACGACGCCCACCGUUCCCAAUCCGCUAUUGACAAACUCGUCGACCACGCGCGCAAACACGGCACCAAAACCCAGUACACCUCCGCGCUGUCCACGCAGCUUCCGUCCUCACCCGUGUAUUCCUACCUCGAAGGCCGUCUGCCCGCUCCCCAUCUUACAUACACGCGCAUCGCCGAGAUACACGAAACCCAAGAAGCCCAGACGAUAAAGCGCCUCAUUGACGAGCGUCGCCUCCGGCUCGGUGCAACGCUGGAAUCAACAACAAGGGAAGUCAAAUACGAGACAUACAAGGCGAGUCCGUUGGAAGGCAUCUAUGAGGAAAUCAUCGACUGGACGAGUGACGACGAGAUGAGACGGGAGUACGAGGAGAAGUUGUUGGAAAGGGCGUACGAAACAUUGCUCGUGCUCCCAAGCGGAGAAAAGGCCGAGAAGAGAGACAAAGUGAUGAAGUUGGCGCACGACAUGGUCAUCAUCCGGCAUCCAUACAGCCUAGCGUGGAAGAUUGAACUAGAAUGGAGGAGUAGUAUCGAAGUCGAGGCGUAUUGA